CAUAGUAAUUCUGCCAAUCAAGUUACGGUUCAGCUAUGUCAAUAUCGUCGUGGUCUUAUGACUGCAAUCCUUUGCCUGGAAAUCCGUUACUAAGUAAUAAUUCGUGAUGAUUUAGGGUAAAAUGCCGAUGUCUGCCCCACUCGUAGGUAUUUAUGUUAGUGUAUGCCCACUGUGCUGUGCAUGAUAAAUGAUGCGAUUUAUUGUGAUCAGUGAUGUAAAUGUAAUGACGCCUGCGAUGAUGGCGAUGAAUGAUGUUGAUGAUGACGAUGACAUAGAUACUACAAGGGGAAGAUCGGACACUUCGGCGAAAAGGACAUCAACACUAGCUUGGAGUGGUCUUCAAGACAGAGGAGAUAUGAUGGCUUCACUCUUGCAUCAUCAUCUUCUUCAAUAUAGUCAGCUAUUCCAAUUAUAUCACAUGAGAACCAUACAGAGAAUGAUGUCAUCCAUUACCACAAAGAGGAGGAAAAAUCUAAGUGAGAAAAAGCUGUCAAAGCAUUUUGUUGAUUGGCGAAGGGUUCGAGUAGUUGGAGGCAAAGGAGGAGAUGGAUGUGUGUCGGUACGCAGAGAAGCUCAUGUAGAGUUUGGAGGGCCUGAUGGUGGAGAUGGUGGCCAUGGAGGACAUGUUAUUCUUGAAAGCAACCAAAGCAUUAAGUCACUAGAGCGUGUCCUUCCACUGUAUCGAGGAGAAGCGGGAGGAAAUGGAAGGAAUCAAAAUCGUCAUGGGCGCAAUGGCAAGCACACUGUUAUCAAGGUUCCUCUGGGUACUCUAGUCAAGGAAAAUGAUGUUAUCAUCAAGGACUUGGAAAAUGAACAUGACACUUACAUGCUAGCUGCAGGUGGUGAGGGAGGGCGUGGCAAUCGCUCUUUUGUAACGUCCCAGCACAAGACCCCAAUGAUGGCUACCUGUGGGACACAGGGAGAGGAACGACUUCUCAACCUGGAGCUUAGAACCAUGGCUCACGUUGGUCUGAUUGGUUUUCCUAAUGCGGGAAAGUCGACCCUCUUGAGAGCACUGUCCAGAGCCAGACCAGCGGUGGCAGCAUAUCCAUUCACAACUCUCAAUCCCCAUGUCGGCAUGGUCAUGUAUGAUGAUUUGGAGCAAGUGGCAGUUGCAGAUAUACCUGGCCUGAUCAGAGGUGCCCACCAAAACCGAGGCCUGGGCCACUCUUUCCUGCGCCACAUCGAGCGAUGCCGCUGUCUGCUCUACGUCAUCGACCUCUCUGUCAAGGAGCCCUGGUCACAGCUGGCCGACCUCCGUUACGAACUCGAACAGUACCAGCCUGGCCUAUCGGAGAGACCUCACGCAGUUGUUGGGAACAAGAUAGAUCUUGAGGUGUCAAGGACCAACUUGAUGGAGUUCCAGGACAAGAUCCAGAUACCUGUAAUAGCAAUAUCAGCACAACUGAAGAACAAUAUUGAACCGUUGAAGAAGCACAUAAGAAAGCUGUACGAUCAGGACAUGAAAGAAGAUAACAAGGCCAAACAGUCUUUGGGUGGAAGGACAGUUCAGAAUCCAGUCAAAAGAAUUCUUUGACCGUUCGUAGAGGAUGAUAUAUUAUAUAUAUCAUAUUUUCUUGGAGUGAUCAUAUUAAAACUUAUACCCAUUUUUA